AUGGCAAUUCCCCCAUCCUUGGAUCCAUCUAUCCAAUAUCUGUCCACCGCCGAAGCGUACGACCGGUGGGCCGCAGUCUACGACACCGACGGCAAUUUCCUCCAAGCCCUCGAUACCCUGGAGAUGAAGAAACUGUUGCCUUGUUUGCUCGCGCUACUGGAGACAUCGAAUCUUCCCCAGCCAUGGAAAUUGGUGGAUUUGGGAUGUGGCACUGGGCGAAAUACAGCGGCCUUACUCCAGGUCGAGAGAGCGGCGGUCGUAGGACUCGAUGUAAGUCCAGGCAUGCUGCAGGUCGCCCGCAACCGGCUCGUGGCAGAGUCUGGACUCGAUGAAAAUGUGACAUUGGAAGUGUUUGAUCUGCUGGGACAACCCGGUCCACCAGAAUCCGCAAAAGCUGCCGACGCCGUGGUCUCAACGCUGGUGCUCGAACAUAUUCCCACCGAUAUCUUCUUUCAGCAUGUCGCGGAAAUCCUCAAGCCGGGUGGUCUCUUGCUGUGGACGAAUAUGCAUUCGGAAAUGGGGAAGCUCAGUCAGGCUGGAUUUACUGACCCCCAGACAGGCAAGAAAAUCCGUCCGACGAGCUACGCUCAUACAUUGGCGGAAGUGGAAGAGACGGCCACAAAACACGGCUUCGAGAUCGUCAGACCAAUCGAAGAAAGGGCUGUGGACGUGUCCAUGGUGCCAAUACUGGGUGACCGGUCUCGAAAAUGGGUAGGAGUGACUGUAUGGUUCGGGGGCAUCCUGCAGAAGCGUCAUUGA